AUGACAUCUUCCAGAACAACAGGAUACUUGCGUUUGCGACAACAGACAACCUUCAAGACCUUGCUGCCAGAACAGUGGGUGAAUGGUGACAGACUUCUUUGGAAUCACUUCGGAACCAAUGGACCACGGACCAAUAACAACCUACAAGCAUGGCAUGGGAAGCUGAAGAGGAUGGCCCUACACGCGCACCCAAACAUCUACACUGUCAUCAAGAUAUUCAAGGACAUCCAGAACAGGAAAGAAAUUCUUCAAAUCCAGAAACAAGCAGGAGGAACCAUUCGUCAACCGACAAAGAAGUACGCGACCAUCAAGAGGAGACUGCAGACCCUGAAGGAGCGAUACCAAGACGGGAUCAUCGACCUUAUGACCUACGCAGAUUCAGCAUCGGAACUUCUUCAUUUAGGACAUUGACAUAGUGACUGAAAGUGAAAGGACAUUAAGACAGACUCCGUGCCCAAAUUACUUUGUAAAUAUUGUAUAUAUACUGGUAUGAAUUAUACUUUUAAAACUUUAUGUCAUUUUGAAUUGUUA